AUGUCGAAAACGCGUCAAGUUCUCGUGACGCCCGCUCUUAACACUGAGGUGGGCCCCGUUCGAACGUAUACGGAAGAACAGCAGGGAAUGCUCAAGGCUCUCAGAGAGUACGCAGACACGCUCCUAUUGCCAGAAUCGGAUUCAUAUCACGAAUGGGAGCUGCGCUGGCUGAACAAGUGGGACACCAUUGCCCGCUAUAUGCGCGCCGCAAAGUGGAAUCUCGAGGAUGGCAAGAAGCGGAUCAAAAACACAAUGGAAUGGCGAAGAGAGUUCAAACCAGAUCUCAUUCCUCCAGACGAGGUAAAAAUCGAGAGCGAGACUGGUAAAAUCAUCCUCACUGGCUUUGACAACCAAGGCCGGCCGAUCAUCUACAUGCGGCCUGGGCGCGAAAACACCGAGACAGGCCCUCGCCAACUACGACACCUGGUCUGGUGGCUCGAGCGCGCGAAAGACCUCAUGCCACCUGGGCAGGACUCGCUCGUGAUUAUUGUAGACUACAAAAGCACGACCCUCCGCACGAACCCAUCCAUAUCGGUCGCGCGCAAAGUGCUGACAAUUCUCCAGCAACACUACGUCGAGACCCUCGGCCGCGCGCUCGUCGUGAACCUCCCGAUGAUCCUCAGCUUCUUCUACAAAGGCAUCUCGCCGUUCCUCGAUCCCAUCACCCGCGACAAGAUGCGCUUUAACCCGGACCUGCUCGAGCUGAUUCCGAAGGAGCAGCUGGACGCCGACUUUGGCGGCGAUUAUGAGUUCGAGUUCGAGCCAAAUACAUAUUGGGACCAGAUCGUCGCAGCGUGCGGAAUCGCCCCCGACGGCACCAGGGUACAGAGCUCAUCGCCCGAAAACGACACUCGCGGUGCAGAUCAACCAGGGCGCACGAGCUGUUUGGAGGGCGAGACAGAUGGCCUGAAACAAGAGGCAGAUGUAGCGUGCCUCCCAGACCCGCCUGAGGAAAUUUCUGCUGCUGCGUGA